GACAGAGCUGGUGUAACUGAGUCAGGUUUGUAGGCCUCCUUGCUCGCACACGCUUUUUCAGUUCUGCCCACACAUUUUCUAUGGGAUUGAGGUCAGGGCUUUGUGAUGGCCAAUCCAAUACCUUGACAUUGUUGUCCUUAAAAAAUAAUAUUUAGCUCCCCCACUUCUAUAACCAAAGUUGCGCCCCUACCCCUAACUAUCAGUAAACAAUUUGCAACAAAAAAAAUGUGGUGUCUGGUUUGCUUAAUGUAAGCAAUUUGAAAUGACUUACUUUUGAUACUUAAGUAUAUUUAAAAUCAAAUGGUUUUGGACUUUUACUCAAGUAGUAUUUUACUGUGUGACUUUUACUUGAGUAAUUUUCUAUUAAAAGGAUCCGAGUCUUUUUUUUCUCCAAUUUUCGCCUAAAAUGAGAUACCCAAAUCUAACUGCCUGUAGCUCAGGACCGAUCCCGUAGAGGUUAAUCUUUACUUUUACUCAAGGAUGACAAUUGGGUACUUUUCCCACCACUGGUAUUUACAGUUGUUUGUAGCUGGUGUACAAAAGUACAAGACGCAAAAACAAAACUAAAGCAUGGGAAACAUAGAAAUAGCUCACAUAGAACAGAUCUACCGCUUCUUAUGCUUGCUUUCAAUGAGAAUGAUGGAACAAUGAGAGUGAUAGAUCUAUAACUCAUGCCUUUGCAGAUGAAUUAAGACUGUUUUAGGUAUGAACCGGUCCACGGGGAUACAAGUCUAUUGCGGCUGCAUACAAUGCGUUUGGGAUGGUAAGAUGAAACCAUCAGUAUCGCCAUCUGACAGCCUUUGGGCUACGUUCUAAACUGAAGACCAUGAUUAUUGGAGUUGGGUGUCCGUCCCCAAAGAGGAAGAGGCGAAGCGAGAGGGAUAUUUGGGAUCAAGUUUCGUAAUGAUUAGGUUGAUAUAAGUAGGACACGUGACAUCCCUGCAACUUUGAGCUGUGCCUGGUCGUCACUAGUUACAGCCACAAAGUCAUAAUCCCUGCCUAGGUCUACAAUUUCUCUUCUUAAAAUGUGAUUUUAAAGUCUAGCCCUUACCUUGGCCACACUGACAACCUUAUCAAAAUGUAUGAAACUUUUUUUUGAUAUAGCCAAUUUUGACUUUGUGGCUGGUGUAACUAGUGGAAACCAUUGUGCCUCUUAUUCACACCCAUAUCUGCCCUCUCAUUGGCUAGAAUGGUCCCACCUGAUCUUUGCUCGUCCUGAUCUUGCCGCCUCCUGACUGCCUUAGAUUUUUGAGGAUAUUUAUUUUCAUUGUUACAGUGGCCACUAGAGCAUCUGAUCAAUAUAAUAGAUAGUCUGUGCCAUCCCUUAGCCCGCCCUACCAUACCUCUGUCUCCAUAUGUAUGUUUAGCCCAAAAGGACUAUAGCAUGUCAUACUCUUUUUGGCUAGACAGCAUCCGAUACAUGGGCUACAUAUAGUAAGACGGGGGUGCUUUUCCACUUGCUCGGAUGCUUUCUCGGGUGAAAUGGUAGUUUCAGCCACUUGCAAAUUUAAGGAAAGUUGGCGGGUACACUGUUCGGAUGCUGGAAUUAUUUUUGGACGAACGUGCGAAGAUAUUGUUUGACAAUCAGAUGAAAGGAAGACUGUUUGUGUUCAUGCCACAUUAAAAGUUGACCCAGUUGACCUCAUUCAUGGAGAUGCUGGCAAAGGAGGCUGUGGACCAAAUCUGCAAGCUAUUCAACGAGUGCUCCUCCGUUCUGCAUCUGGAAGUGUCUCGGAGUCAAACUGAGAAUGAGGACUUGAAGAAGAGGCUAGAUGCGUUUGAGACCAAACUGAGGACUGUCUUAGAAGGGAGUGGAGGACAAGAGAACACAUCAGCCAAUGGCUGCUGCAGUGAAGUCAAGAUCAUCCACCAGUUAAAAGGCACACAACCAGGCGUAUGCGUUGGUGAUGCAGAAGUGAAACGAUCCCCCAUCCUCCACCUGUGGAAGGGGAGACUUCCCUCAACUGUAAACGAGCACUCCAACGUGGAGGACACGAUUGAGUCAGUUAUUAUCAAAGAAGAAGGCUUAGAAGAUUACCUGUACAGCAGCACCUCAGACCCAAGUUAUUUUUUAGAGAGCCAAGCCCAGGAGUUGAGUGACGCAGAGAACCCCUCAGAGGGCCCAAAGGACAAAGGCGGCGCCGGAGGGCCAAAGCAUUUGAGAAAGCCAAAGAUCACUGGGGCUUGUCAGGCAAGGUCCAAAAAGGAGAACCAUCUUAGCUGCAAGCACUGCAGGAAGACAUUCAGCAAACUGAUCCAGCUGAAAGCUCACCAGGCGAUCCAUGUAGCAGCGGAGAAACCUUUUAACUGCAAACAGUGCGGUAGAGGUUUUUCCUUUAAACGCAGUUUGGAUGCACACCAGCUGCUUCACACCGGAGAGAGACCACACACCUGUGGCGAUUGUGGUAAAGCUUUCACCCUAAAGCAGCUGCUCAAGAAUCACCAGAGACUCCAUGCAGGGUUGAGACCGUUCCGCUGCGAUGAAUGUGGCAAGAGCUUUAACCGGGCCCACGGUCUCAAGAUGCACCAGAUUGUCCACACGGGAGAGAGGAAAUACAGCUGUGAGAUCUGCAAGAAGAGUUUCAGCAUACCAGGAAAUCUCCACAGGCACCAGCGUAUACACACGGGUGAGAAACCGUUCCGUUGCGAUACAUGCGGGAAAAGCUUCAACCAGGCAGACACUCUGAAAGGACACCAGCGGAUCCACACAGGAGAGCGGCCAUUUACCUGUGAGACAUGCGGGAAAUGUUUCAUUCAAAGAAGUGCACUGAAAAUGCACCAAAGAACCCACGCAGGAGAGAACGCCUUCCUCUGUGUGGUGUGUGGGACAGUCCUGGCUUGCGUCAACUCUCUCAAGACACACCUUCAGGCUCACACAGCAGAGAUGCCUUGUAUUUGCUCAGUGUGCGGUAGUAGUCUCAGUUCACUCACUCACCUCAAAUCGCACCAGCAACUCCACACUAUGGAGAAGCCGCACAGCUGUGGCCUAUGCAACAAGAGCUUCAAGUCGGUCAGCUACCUGAACAUACACAUGAAAACUCACACUGGGGAGAGACCGUUCACCUGUGACGUGUGUGGAAGGAUGUUCACUCAACACAGCAGCCUGAAAACCCACCAGGCAGUCCAUACUGGGGAGAAACCUUUCAGCUGUGAAACGUGUGGGAAAUGUUUCAGCAACACUGGGAACCUCAACAGGCACCAGAGGAUACACACUGGAGAGAAGCCUUUUAGCUGUGACCUCUGUGGGAGGAGCUUCAACCAGGGCAACAGCCUCAAAGCCCACAAACAAAUCCACACAGGGGAGAAACUAUUCAUGUGUGACAAAUGCGGGAAGAGUUUUUCCUACCUGAGGAAUCUGAAAGAUCACAAGUGCUACUAUAUCUAAAACCAAUAGGCAUAGCCUCGUAUUGUGAUGGACCACACUUGGUUUGAACAAUUGUCUCGGCAUUAAAAAUGCAAUUAUAGGUCAGUGUGUGGCAUACUAACAUAUGACGUGUACUGAUUAGAUUGUUUGCCAAAAAAGCCUUUUUUCUCCAAAGUAUUUAAUUUUGUAUAACCAGUUGCCUUUGUGGGGUAGAAAGACUUUGAGUGGAUUGGCUGGUGGUCCAAUAACUGUUCAAUGGAGCAGAGCCUAAUUUAUUUGAGAAGGAUAUACAUCUGUAACCUUUCUUGUCUUGUGUACCUUUUUAUUACUGUUGUUAUCUCGUAUUUGUGAGCCAAUGGUAAAUAAAACUCCUGAAAUGA